AUGUACAACGGAAUCGGAUUGAAGACCCCAAGGGGGUCAGGGACCAAUGGGUACAUCCAGACAAACAUGGCGCACAUCCGAAACGCCAGAAACACAGUUAGAGAUUAUGAGAAGUUCAGGAAUGAGCUAAAAAUGAAUAGCAUAGUGGACAAAAGACACACAUGUGAUUAUUCAAUUAUUGAACAUUCAGAAAAGAGAAAAAUAGAGUUAAAGGUUUUAAUGUAUGAAGAAAAACUACGAGAGGAGGGGAAGAAAAACAUCCAAGAUUUAGUCGACCAGUAUAGGAAUCAACUAUAUGAAGAAUAUUAUGAUGAUAAGAAAAGGAAGGAUAGAACCGGGGGUAUACAUUCUAAUAAGGAUAAUACAUGUGACGAAAAUACCCACAUGCUUAAUGAUAGGAAAAAGAGACAACUAGAGAAUUUUCAGAGGGCUCUACGAAUUCGAAGAGACAAUAGUCGCGAUGGGGGGAUGCUAAUAAGGAGGGAUGAUGCCAAAGGAGCUGUGCCCUAUGAGGAAAAAAGUGGCGAAAAGGGUCGAGAAGAAAGUGACUUAAACAAGGAUCUGAAAGGGGAAUCCAAAAGAAAUAAAAAAAAAGUGAAGGAAAAGAAAAAGAAAAAAGAAAAGGGAAACAGGAAAAAGGACAAACAUAAGAGAAAAAAUAAGGAAAUCUCUGACAACAGUGAUGAUACAUACCAGGGGGGGAGUACCGAGGAGAGUGAUGAAGAGGAUGACGACGAUCGGAGCCCCUCAAGGAGCGACGCAUCUACUAGCGAUGCAACCCGCAGUGACGAAACCAGCAGUGAUGAAAGCAGCAGUGACAAAACCAGCAGUGAUGAAAGCAGCAGUGACAAAACCAGCAGUGAUGAUUAUUCCGAUGCAGACUCUAGUUCACCUUCAGAAGAAUCAGACCAUUCAGGAAGCUCCGAAUCGUCUGAAUAUUCUGUCCCUUCCAGUGACAAGAGCUCCAUAUAUAACGGAAGGCAUCGUAAGCCUCUUAAGAAGGAACGACCACAUGUAAAAAAAAAAAGGAAAAGCACUUCCGAGGAGUCUUCUUACCAUAAAAGAAGACCGCAUAGAACCAACAAAAAAAGAAAAUCGAAGGAUGCAAAGAAAAGUUCGGAUGCUUAUAACUCAUCAGACACUGCAUCCGAUUCGGUCUAUUCUAGCAGUUCAAAUGAUUCAAGCGAUACCUCGCCACGACGCCAGUCCGACAGCAUGAAAAAGAAACCCGUUGGAAAGGGGAAGGAACGGGAGAAAAAUAAAAGUGUUGGUGCGGUCCGUAAGGAUGAUGAUCACAAACGUGUGAACAGCAGGAAGGAUUCAGAUAAGAAAGGCAGACGCAGGGGUGGAAUAGAUGAAUCAAGUGAAGAAAGCAAUGGAAGUGAAAUAAGUGAGAAGCGUGACGAACGAAAGAAACGUGCAAAACCUGACCAACAUGGCCAACGCGACCGAUGUGAUCGACGUGAACAACGUGAUCGACAUGAACAACGUGAUCGACGUGAACAACAUGAUCGACGUGAGGAUAGUGAAAAGCCCGAAGGGCCAAAGAAACACUCCCCGAAGAGAAGCACAAUGCGCCGGCGCGAUGAUGCUGAAGAGAACGAUCGCAGAUCUGGAAAAGCGCAUAAAGAAAGGGAUAAAAAGCAGAAUGACAAAUACAGAAAAAGAAGUGCCAGUAGCAAAAGUAGUAGCCUUGGUGCACCGAGAAAGAAGAAAAGAAUCGAAAGCGGAACUGAUUUCCGUGCGGACAAUCAUAAAAGGAAGAAUAAUAAAAAAAAUGCAAGUCCCCAUUUCGAUUUUGCCAAUUGUGAGAACACACAAUUUGAAAGUGAAAAAUUGAACAAACAACCCACUAAUGAGGAAACGUUACAAAUUAUUAACAACAUUAAAAAGUACUAUAGAAAAAAAGGAAAAAACAAUUAUGAAGAAUCGGAGGGGAGAAAUUCUCCACGGACACACUUGAGUGAUAAUGAUUCCAGUUCAUCCGAACACAGGAUAAAAGGUAGAAAGAAAAACAACAAGAGGAGUGAUUCCCUUGGGAAAGACAGCAGCGAGCGCAGAAGCGAGCGCAGCAGUAGCAAUAGAAGUAAUAGAGGUAGAGCCCCCAAACGCAGCCAUUCUAAAAUUAAAGGUAGGAACAAAGAAAGAGAAUCGAGAAGCCUAAGUUCACCAAGCACUCACCGCAAAAACACUCAUUGCAAAGGGGAAGGAGCAUCAAAUGGAAAAAAUAAUGAUAGACUUAAAAAACACACAGAUGAUGAUAAAGGAGGAAAACGUAUAUACAAGGAAAAGUCAGAAAAUCUUAAAAGUAGACCGAAAGGAGGAAAGGAACAUAGGCAGGUUAGUGAAGGGGAAAAGGAAAGAGACGAUAAAAAGGCAACAGGAAAAGAAAGUCUAGAGAAGGAAGAAAUGCAACAACAGGAAGAAAAACAAAGCAGUAAUGUGGAAAAUGAGAAGGAGACCAAGGACGAUGAUAACAGCAACGCAAAAGAACGGAAAAAGAAAUUUAUUUUUUUUUAA